AUGGUAUCGAGGAGAAAAAUUCUAUCACGUUCCCGUGAUGAUCUAAGCCUGGAUCAGUCAUUCCAUCCGCAAGAGGAGGAAGAAGACGUUUGGUACCAAAAAGACAAAUUAUAUAAGGAACAUAUACAGGAAGUGCUCGACAAAUGGACGCAAAUCGACGACGAAAUCUGGGCCAAAGUAAUUGUCUUCGAGCGAAAUCGUCGGGUGGCAAAGGCAUAUGCCCGUGCACCCGUGCUAACCAUCAAUGGCUCCGAUGAUGGAUUCGAUGGCAUGCGCAUUGGUCUGUGCGGCUUUGACAAUCCCAUGCGCGAUCAAAAAACAGAGGAACUUAAACGCGUCAUCGGACAGGGCGUCAAGAUCAAAAUGGACGAUGCUGGAAACAUACUUGUGCGUCGGUAUGCCAAAAGCAACGUCUUCGUGAAGAGUACUGCCAACAGUCCCAAUGAGGAAACAUCCAUUGGUGCCGAAAUCUUGAAGUUACCAAAUCAAGCGCUCGAAAGCGAAAAAAUAGUCAAGCUCUUCGAUAUGAAAAAGUUUCAGUCGAACGUAAAUCGUGAACUGCGUCGUGCCUAUCCAGAUCGUCGCCGCUUGGAGACGCAGUGCCUAUCGGCUGUGGCCUUUGUCAGAUCAGAGAAUGACAUUUUGGAGUGCCCCAUUUGGGUGCUCAUUGUGAAUGUGGUAGCCAUGGAUAUGCUAAAGAGCAAGCUGCCACCAGUGCAACGGCCAAUAGUCGAUAUCAAGAAUCGCCCGCGUAUACCCAUACCUGACGAGGAUCCUUACAGUGUGGCCGGCAAUGGCAGUGGUGGUAGUUCGGGCAGCUCCGGCUUCGGCAGCGGUCACCAGCAGCAGCUGUCGUCCGCAAAACAUUCGAAUAAUGGCACCGGUCAUGUGGCAGCCACUCGUGAACAAUUGUUACUCCAAACACAACAAUUGGCGCACAAGCGUAGCGAGAAGCCGCCGAAAUUGCCGCCGAGGGACAAUAUAUACUCGCACGAAAUAAUUCCAAAGCCGGACUAUGAUGACAUUGAUUUGGAAACCAGAAUCAAAUUGUCGCGUGGCAAAUCGGAUAAAGGCAAAGACAACAAGAAAUAUGAUGAUCCCUACUAUUGCGGCUUGCGUGCACGCGUGCCCAACUUUGUCAAAUCGUCCAAGUCAGGCUCGAAGGAUCAAAGAGACAGUGUCAUGAUGGGCAACAGCAACGGCAACAGCGGCAUGAACACACUGAGCCAUAAGAAGACCUCGAUGAUACACAAUCAUCUGUCUGGCAUGCAUCCACACCACUUACAACACCAGCAGCAACAGCUAAUGGCCGCUGCGGCUGCUGCCCAUGCCGUCCACCAUCCUAGCCAUCACCAGCAUAACCAUUCCAUUUGGCAGACGCGCAGCUAUGAGAGUGGUAUAGAUUCCGACCUUGUCGAAUCACCGUACAGUCACAUCUAUGGACGCCAUUUGCAACUACCGACGCGUGGCUAUAUACCAACACCUCGUAUGUUCAUUGGGGAAUGGGACUGAUGAGGAAAAGCUUCGCUAAAAAUCAUUGGGCACGAGCACGAGUCGCUUGGGUGAAUGAUCACAAUACCAAUACUGAAAGAGCACAAGGCAGCAGUAAAUAUUAAGGCACACAAAUGAUUUAUAUACUUAAGCGUUAUAUAUACACAAUAUAUACAUAUAUACAUAAACUGAAAUAAAAUAUUGACUUGCGAUUGCAGCGCUUAUUUAAGUCAAUUUUGAAACAAGCAUUGACGCCUUCAUACGUGUGGCCUACAGCCGA